GUUAAGUUCUUUAGUAUUCUUGAUCCAACAAGACCCUGUAAUUAUGUUUCUGAAAUCUCUGAUGCUGGAUUUCUUAGUCCUCUUUUCAAGGUUACCAUGGAAGAACAUCCAACUGAAGCUUUCACAAACACAUCAGCGGAUAAGUGUUGGGAAACAAUUCUUGACAGACUAAACGCUGAGAUCGAGAGGUGUAAGAGUCUAGGUGAACAAGAACUCCCUCCCUUGGAGGUUUUGCAAAGCAUUAAUGGUCAUAAAAUGUUCGGAUUCCUUAAGCCAUCCAUUAUUCAGGCCAUUGAAGCUCAAGAUCCCAGUCAUCAAUGUGUAGAGUACUGGCAUCACAAAGAACUUUCCUCUGAAUCUUCAGGCAGUGGAAAUGAUGCCUCUAAGUGCUCAAAUGGUUCAAGCAACUCUCUGGGUGAUGUCAAGACCAAACUUUUCGGCUUCAAUUUGAUAAAGCAGGAGUAAGAAGAUAACAUAGAAGGACAUUUUCGUUCAUUUGAAGAGAUGAAGUCAUUGCUACAAGGAUUCCUAAAAAAGGCCAGUCCUGCCGAGUUGAGUGCAAUGCUCAAGUUAUUUAGCUCUGAUUCACAUGUUAUUCAAUGGAGAGCGGCAUUCGUAGCGUUGAUCGAAGAGAUCCAGAAAGGUUGUAGAUAAAAGAAGAAUAAGAUCUCUCUAGUCAUUUUUCAAUUUAUUCAGUAGUUAGGUCCAUUCAUAACUAAACUGAAGAAAAUUCUGGGUAAGGCCAAAAUAUAAAAUUUUCUUUUGUUCCUAGUAAUAGAGUGAACUUGUUAGUUAGAGGUGGCUAAUGCUAUUAAACAUCCAUUGUAGUUGCUAGUGCCUUUGUCCCAUUUAUACUUUUCUUUUUUAUAUUUAUAUUUUUCUUUUUAAGCUAGCUUUUGGUGUCAAUUAGGCUUUAUUGAUUUCAUCCUUACUGAUCACCAUUUAUCUCUAAAUUUCUGUAUAUAAACAGAAAAAGAAAUG